AUGGAGUUGGUUGUGUUUGGCCGACCACAAAAGGAUCUUACAAUCGAGAAUAUUGGUCUCCAAGUCCCCGACUCUGCAUGGACGCCAGGCACUUGGUCUCUAAGUGACGCCUUCACCAAAGCGGAAACUGUAAUGGGAUGGCGUCCAGUGGACUAUCUUUUCAAAUUGGUGGAAGAUGGAUCAGCUCUUGUUCAUCCACCCCUCAAACCCACUGAAAUUUCAGCUUUCCUCAAUCGCACUUCUUAUGACACUGCGAAGGCAUCUUGCGACCCGCGAUCGCCUUCUAGUCGACAGAUGCUUUUACAGUCUAUGUUUUAUGCUAUUUACAGAGGAAUUGCACUCAGGGAAUACUCAGAAAUGCUGACUGCUGUGGCAUCAGUGACACCUCUUCUUAUUCCACCUCUUGUUCGAGAUAUCUUGUCUAACGGUGUCUUGAACGCUACGUGGCCAGAUCAAAUCACGCUCAAUCAACUGGACUGUCAAAUCUUGCGCUUUCUAGCUCAUUUAGUCCUGUGUCUUCAGAGAUUGGAAUCUAAUCUUCCCGAAGAACCUUGCAAUGCAAUUUUGGAGGCGUAUAUCAUCACGCUCAUUGUUGAACGACGUUUCCCUCUUGUGGCUUCAUAUAUCUCAAAGCUGUCAACUUCGGUCAGGCAAACUCGGUGGUAUGCCUCAUUCCUCUCAAGUUUGAAGAAGGUAGAGGAUCGUCACCAAUGCCUCGACUAUGCCGAGAACGCCGGUUUAGAUGUUAAGCGCAUUACUCGUGCUGUGAUUCGAAUAGUACGUCGUAGGUUCGAUGAACAGGAGAAUAUAGGAGCGGAAGAUAAAGCCAUAGCUGGUCCCUUCCUCAAACCCUCACAGACCAAGGUCACUGAUAUUGUCAGUAGUGAUAUGGUCCCCUACCUCACCCAAUUAGAUAAAGUUCGAAUCGCUGCUCUUGAUUGGCUUGCUCAUGACCGAGGACAACGUGGAGAGCUAUUGGUACUUGCCAACAGUCUGAUGCGUCUAUUUAUCGCGAUUAAGAAACUUGGUGCUGCACGAGCUGUACUCGAACGACUGCCGAUAGCUUUAGUGGACCAGUUAAAAGUGAAAUUGCUGCAGGCCGAAGAAGCCUACGGCACAGAGGUUGCUAAAGCUGCUGUUCCUCCAUGGCUUGCUAACUCAAUCCGGGAACAUGUAUGCCUUGUUAAUUAUCUUCAAGCAAUGGAGUCGUUUGAUCAAUGGUAUCUUCAUCGGUCAUCUAAGCCCAACCCGCCUUUGUCGACCAACAAUAGUGCUUCUUCUGCCUUCAUCUCUCUAGCUGAACGUGUAGCAGUAGAAGAGGCCCAAAAGAACUACCAGGAUCGUCUAGACUGCUGGAGCCAUGAGGCAGAACUCUAUACUACGUCCCUAGUUAAACAAUUGGAGUCUCUCCUCUCCUACGAAUCUCCUGGAUGGCUAGUCGAUGCUGCUAUAUUCAACAUCAACAUCACCGAAUCGGAUGUAACCUACGAUGCUACAGGAAUGUUCAACACUUCCACGAUGCAUAGAGUUGGCGAUAACGAAUAUGAGGCAAAUGCGGAAGUUGUGGAGCACGGAGAAGAUGAUUGUGAAGGUGGUGAGGGACCAGGUAUUGCAGGUUUGGGAGACUCACCUCAUGCCCGAAAGUUGCAGAUGAACAUUUUGAGAGAAACUUGUCUUCGGGAAACUGUCUUUACCCUCGUGAACGUGCUGAAAAUGACGAAUAGACAUGCGGAGUGUGUGAGGUUAGCUGAUCUGGUUGCUGAUCCGAAAUAUGAAAUAUUUAAGCUUUUCUGCGAUUACCACAUGAAAGACUUCAUGGAACAACUUCAAGAAUCGAUGAUUAUCCUACAGAAGGAAUGCGGUGAUGCACUUGGAUACGGAGAGAAUUGA